AUAUUCAGUUGAGAUAAUAUAUGCCGCAAGCGAAGCUUACAUUUGUUUUUCUUUAGCAGCACCGAUAGCCUCACACUUCUAGUGGAUGGCAUAAUAAUUGAAUUCAGUCUUAUCUUUAUUCAUUUACUGCGUUGACUGAGGAUUUCCAGUUCACUCGUUCGCCGCACAGAAUUCGACAGAUUCCGAAGCAUCGGAAUCUAAAAAAUUGAGAACAACUUCGCAAAAAGAAUCGAUCAUUUUCAUCAUAUCCUAACACCGGUCCAAAAUGAGCAUAAACGUCGUUCGCAAGCAUAUUUUUAGGGUAACCGAACGUGUAAAUAGAAUAAACCGGUGCAACGUGAGACUUUUGUCACAAUAUUAUCCAAUCGACGAGAAUAUUUUUGGACUCAGCGAUAAUCAAAAGGAGCUCCGUUCCCUAGUUUUCAAUUUUGCGCAGAAGGAACUCGCGCCAAAAGCAGCCGAAAUAGACAAGAAAAAUUCGUUCGACGGACUCAGGGAAUUUUGGAAGGAAUUGGGAAAACUCGGUCUCCUCGGAAUAACGGCUAAAGAAUGUUACGGAGGUUCGGGCGGCGGUUAUCUUGACCACAUUAUUGUUAUGGAAGAAAUCAGCCGAGCUUGUUCGGCCAUAGGAUUGAGUUACGGAGCCCACUCGAAUUUGUGUCUCAACCAAAUCCACAGGAAUGGAACCGAGGAGCAAAAACAAAAAUAUUUACCGAAGCUCUGCAGCGGCGAGCACAUGGGGGCAUUGGCGAUGUCGGAACCCGGAGCGGGUUCCGAUGUGGUAUCCAUGAAGCUUCGUGCAGACAAAGAUGGCGACCAUUACGUUUUGAAUGGAAAUAAAUUUUGGAUAACGAAUGGCUCGGACGCGGACACCCUUGUAGUUUACGCUAAAACGAAUCUCAAAGCGGAAAAACCACAACACGGAAUCACCGCUUUUAUUGUAGAAAAAAAUACGAAAGGUUUCAGCACCGCGCAAAAACUUGACAAACUCGGAAUGAGGGGGUCGAAUACCUGCGAACUCGUUUUUGAGGACUGUCGUAUACCAGCCGACAACAUUCUGGGACAACUGAACAAAGGAGUUUACGUUCUAUUGAGUGGUUUAGAUUUGGAACGUCUGGUUCUCGCAAGUGGACCUAUCGGGAUCAUGCAAGCUUGUUGCGACGUUGCUUUCGAAUACGCCCACGCCAGGAAACAAUUUGGCCGAAGAAUCGCGGAAUUUCAAUUAAUCCAGGGAAAAAUUGCCGACAUGUACACAACAUUGAGCUCCUCUAGAAGCUACCUGUACUCCGUGGCGAGAGCUUGCGAUGCGGGUCAUGAAAACCGGAAGGACUGCGCCGGGGUUAUUUUACACUGUGCCGAAAAAGCCACCCAAAUUGCCCUCGACGCUAUCCAAAUUCUCGGUGGUAACGGCUUCAUAAACGACUAUCCCACGGGCAGAUUACUGAGGGAUGCUAAAUUGUACGAAAUCGGAGCCGGGACGAGCGAAAUAAGGAGAAUGGUGAUCGGGAGAGCAAUCACCGAGGAGUACUCCUAAUCCGAAAGGUCUAAUAUUUUCGCUUCUUACUCCCAAACAUCGAAUUUCUACGUCGCUGCGAACGUUUUCUUCGAAAUUCCGUGCGUUGAAAAACUGUCUUCAAUUUUUCCCGAGAAGAAAGGAACAUUUUUGAAAAUUUUAGAAUUUUACUCCCAACGCCAACCUGGUCAAGGUUAGGUGUGCCUAUCUCACUGCCCCAGCAGAAGUAAGAAGUAGACGAUAUGAAAUAUGGAUUAUGGAGGUCUAAUUUAAAAUCGUGCGGUGUAUAACCGAAGACGCAUAUAAUAUGUGUAUAAAAGUAGCUCGAACAACGGGCGACGAUUUGCCAAUCGAUCAGAUGUGAAAUUUAUACUAUAUUAUGUAACGCUACCGAUGUUGACAAUGUGUAAAGGUAGCUCGAAUCGAACAGAUUUGGCAGAUGAAGGAGCAUUGUAGUAACGGCGUACGUGUGAUCUAACACAAAUAAAGCUCGAAGAGGUGUUCA